AAAGGACGAGGAGUUGUCGCUGCCAGGACUUUCAACAAAAAUGAAUUUGUGGUUGAGUAUGCGGGUGAGCUGAUUGAACUUUCUACUGCUAGAGAGCGGGAAGGCAAAUACAAUCACUCGUCUGCUGUUGGCUGCUACAUGUACUACUUCAAGUACAAAAACAAAAAUUAUUGCAUUGACGCUACAGCAGAAACAGGUCGUCUAGGAAGAUUAGUAAAUCACAGUCGAUUGAAACCGAACUGCUCGACCAAAGUGGUUGUGGUCGAAAAUGUACCACGACUAAUUUUGGUUGCAAAUAAAACUAUCAAAAACAAUGAUGAGAUUCUUUACGACUAUGGAGAUCGUAGCAAAGAAUCCAUAUUGGCACACCCAUGGCUGGCUCUAUGA